AUGCUGCGUCACGCCAAGGAACAGGUGACGGUCAGACGAAGCAGGGUCUGGGCUACCGGGAUGGUGAUACGUCCAGCCCAACCAGGCCCUUCGGAGGUUAUCGCUGCACCUUUACCGUUUCCGGAAGUUGGUACAUGUAAGAUUGGUGUUGAUUAUCUGAUGACCCUCCGGCAACUCCGAAGCCCCUUGAAGAAUGGGUUGAGAGUCGAGGCUCGUAUCGCCGUUGUUGAAGCGCUGAAACCAACUUAG